AAAACAGUAAUUUGUUAUUGUUACUAAUUUGUUUAAUAAAUGAAUACAGCAAUCUUGUGAUUCGUGUGAAUAAUAAAGAUAAAUACAUGCAAACAAACUCAUAAUUCUGGAAAUCGGCUUCAGUUGAUAAACGGUUGUAAACAGACAAACAAAUAAAUAGAAUCAAUAGUUACAGGAAAGACUUUCUAGUCAGUCUAAAUUAAAAUGAGGAUUCUACUAAAUCUCACCAUAAUUUGCGCAGCAGCAUCUUUAACACUUGCCGUGAACCCAUUAUCUAAAGAAUUUAUUCAACAAAUUAAUGAAAAACAGUCCACCUGGAAAGCUGGUCACAACUUUGCCGAAAAUGUCCCCAUGUCGUAUAUCCGUCGCCUCAUGGGUGUUCCACCCAACAGCAAAUACCACAUGCCUACGGUCAAAAGACACCUUUUAGACACCACGGAAAUUCCCGAUGAUUUCGAUGCACGCAAGCAAUGGCCCAAUUGUCCAACAAUCCGCGAGAUCAGAGAUCAAGGGUCAUGCGGGUCAUGUUGGGCUUUUGGAGCCGUGGAGGCAAUGUCUGAUCGCGUAUGCAUUCACUCAAAAGGCGCUGUUAAUGUGAGGCUCUCAGCUGAUGAUUUGGUAUCAUGCUGCUACUCUUGUGGGAUGGGGUGCAAUGGGGGCUUCCCAGGAGCCGCUUGGCAUUACUGGGUGAAUAAGGGAAUCGUCUCGGGGGGCAGUUUUGGCUCAAAUCAGGGCUGCAGACCCUAUGAAAUUGCCCCUUGUGAGCACCAUGUGAACGGCACACGGCCCCCAUGCACCGGCGAUGAUAACAAGACGCCAUCUUGUAAACAAGAGUGCGAAAAGGGGUACAAUGUCCCUUAUAACAAAGACAAGAAUUUUGGCAAAGAGGCCUAUUCUAUUGCUAGCGAAGUUCAGCAAAUUCAGAAGGAAAUCAUGACUAAUGGUCCUGUAGAAGGCGCGUUUGAAGUGUAUGAAGAUUUACUCAAUUAUAAAAAAGGAGUGUAUCAGCAUGUUAAAGGAGAAGCUUUAGGAGGUCACGCAAUCAGGAUUUUGGGGUGGGGUACAGAAAAGGGCACUCCUUAUUGGCUGAUUGCUAAUUCCUGGAACUCAGAUUGGGGAGAUAACGGAACUUUCAAGAUACUAAGGGGAGAAGACCACUGUGGUAUUGAGAGUUCUAUUGUAGCUGGCAUUCCCAAAGAUUCAAGUUAAAAUGUUCCUUUUUUGUUAAUUGUAAUGUGAUUAAGCACCAAAGGUUGAUAUUUACACAAAUAAAUGUAAACAAAUUA